AUGACCCAGAAGGUGUACGCGGCAGGAGUCGGCGCAGGGCCAAGACCCUCUUCAGUGACGACCUUCGCGGGGCCGCCCUGCUUUGCGCCGCUCGAGCGGCUCUACAAGCGCCUCUCCUGGACGACGAGGCAGACCGUUCGAGUCGGGAUCAGCCUCUGCGCCGUGCUCUACAUCUUCCUGACUGUUCCCUUCCGGAUAGCCUUCUACUACGAUCCGUACGGUAGAACGGAGGCAGUUCAUCUCCAUCGGUGGACUACGGAGCUCAGCAUUUACGCGGCGCUGGAUAUUGUCGCGGACAUUAUUGGAGUUGUGGAGUUUGUACGGUUCUACCAGCUCCAGAGGGGGCUGUUCUCCCGGUUUGCCAGCUUCGACGUGCGGACGGCCUCGCGCAACGACAGCAUGUUCCGCUCGAUGCGCGUGAUCACGCGCACCCCGUCGUUCAACAUGAUGCACCGCGGGAAGACCAAGUGGACGCUGGCUUCGAUUGCUAAAUCCGCGGUGGCUCACGGCAGCGCAGCGGACGACUCGCACUCGCAGCAGAAUUACGUGAGGGCGCGUAAAAUUGAGCUACUGCUGGAGAUUGUAGCGAUACUACCGCUGGAGGUAAUACCCUACGCGUCGGGGGCGUACAACGCGCUGCACUUGGUUCGAAUUACGAAAAUUUGUCGACUAUAUCGAUUGCGACGAUGUCUCGCGAGAUUGGCCAGCAUCUACUCGGAUCGCACGUGGGUGCAGCAGCUUUCUUCUACAGGGAUUGACAGUCUUGUGCGAAAUAUCGCGCUAUGCGCGGGCCUGUGUCAUUACGUGGCUUGCGGAUAUAUGAUGAUUGCCCACGCGCAGUGCAGUAUUACACUGGAGAAUUGCGACGAGAAUGUGGAGACAAGUUGGGUCGUCCGUGACCGCCUUUUUGGUGCGUCUGUGGCGCGGAAGUACUCGCGGACGUUGUAUUGGGCGUCACGUACGAUGGUACUGCUGGGUUACGACGAUGUUACACCAGUUUCAGAUAUCGAGACAGUCUACGCUUUGGCUGCGACGCUCAUGGGCGCCCUCUUUGGGUCCUCGUUGCUAGCAACGUUUCUCUUCAUCUUUCGGUUCCGAAACGCGCGCUAUGCCGCGUUUACUACGCACGUGGACAACGCCCGGGAGUAUAUGCGCUCGCAAAAUAUCCCGCGGGCUUUGAGACGUCAGGUUAUCGCGUACUUCACGUACUCCUGGAACACGCACCAUAGUCUCGACAGCGAGGAGGCUCUGCAUCUCAUGCCCAAGCACUUACAGGCCAAGGUGGUGUCCACGCUGAAGGCGAGCCGGAUCAAACAGGUGUGUUUUCUGGUGAAAGAGAGCGUUGAAUUCAUUAACUUGCUGGCGGCGGCGCUGGUACGACGAGUCUACUCCCCUGACGACCAGAUUAUUGAGCCCAAGUUUAACGCUCAAAUGUUUUUCGUCAUUCGUGGCCGGGUAUUUCUAUCCGCGUUCGAUGGGUCGAAUGCCAAAGAGGUGCAAGGCGGUGACCAUUUUGCGGAUACGUGUUUGCUCUUCCCGGAGAAAUUCGAGGAGAAGGCUGUUGCGAAAACGUUUUGCGAGCUUUACGUGCUGGCAAAAGUCAAGUUUGAUGACGCCUUGGAUGAUUUUUACAGGGAAUCCAAGACUGAAGUGAGGGAGAGAAUGGCAGAAACACUUGAAAAGUACUCGACACAGUUGCGCAAAACCAAGAAGCUGCUAGGAAUGCGGAACCGAGGGGGAAGUGGAGGCAGAAGUUCGUUUGCAGGAAGUUCGCAUAGUAUUAUGGCUACGGAAGACACACAACACAUGCCUGAAUUUCGACACAAAGUGAGCUGGAGACUUCCGGGAUCGGCGUUUCGUCUUCACUGGGAUACAGCGCGCCUGUUUGCUAUCAUCUAUGUGGCCUUUGAGGUCCCCUACUUCUCUGUCUUCAUUGCAAUGAAGGAAGAUGAAGACAUGUUCGGGGAGAAGCCUGAAUUCGGUCUUCGGUUUGCGCUUACGCUGAUGUUUGAGGUGUUUUUUGGAGUGAACUUGAUUUUACGGUCGCGAUUUCUAGCGCACGUAGACCCUAUCGUGAUGCUGACUGUGGAUGACCCUUUUCUUAUUUUCGCAGCGUAUAAAGCGGAUGGAUUCUACCCCGAUUUAAUUGCGUGGCUGCCGGUUGGGCUUGUGCUGGAGGCUUUAGCUACGGCGUCAGGUCAGAGCUACUCGUGGUUCUUUCGUUUGCUUCGUUUGCUACGCCUACGAGAAGCCCCACGCCUACUCUGGAACGUCUGCGACUACUACGGCGUCAGCUCCAAGGCCCACCUCGUCAUUUCGCUGCUGCUUGGGGUGACAUUCAUGCUUCACGUUGUGGGAUGUGUGUGGUUUGAAAUGGCGUGGCUCCCAAACGUAGUAGCGCUAGAGAACACAGGCGAGCAUGGGAUGGCGGAGAUGACUCGGCUCGAAUGCCUCCAACAGGCCACGCUCUUCGAGAAUUGUUCAUGGGUGACCUUCGACUGCUACGCGCAUAUCGGCGACGUCUUUCCAGCGCAGGAUGCAGAUUCGUCGUACCAGGCAUCUUUUGCGUACAUGCGCUCCGUUUACUGGGCAAUCGUUACGCUCACGGCGGUGGGCUAUGGCGACAUUGUGGCUUACUCGACAUCCGAGAGUUUUUUCGCUGCGUUCUGGAUUUUUGUUGGCGGGAUUAUCAAUUUCGGCGUCGUGGGCGCAAUGUCCAGCACUAUCUCAAAUGCGAUGGCUCCUCACCAUCACCAUAUCGAGAAGCUCAAUACUGUCAAUGGCAUUCUCGAGCGCAUGGAUAUUUCUGAAAAGCUGAGUGCUGAGAUUCGCCGAUUUUAUCAUCACGAAUUCACUGAGCGCAAGAAAGCGUAUGAGUCGCAGUUGCUGUCCAAUCUCCCGGACCAGCUUUGCUACGAAAUCUCGUCGUUGUUGCACUCUGAAGCUGUAAAAAGUGUCGCGCUCUUUGAUUCGGCCAGUAUUGAGUUUCUGAAAGAAGUUACGGGGAAAUUUCGCCAUCGAAGCUAUCAAAAUGGAGAUACAAUUUGUCUCGAAGGAGACGUUUGUCGCGAGUUCAUGGUGCUUCUGCAUGGAAGCAAAGUCAACGUGUUCUUCCGUUCUCGAAAGGUACCCAUUCGCGCUCUUCACGAGGGUGACUGCUACGGAGUAAACGCGUUUCUGCUCAGGUGUGCACACCCCGCCACCCUCAUAGCAGCCUCGAUUGUCCAUGCAUCCGUCAUGACUCGGGAGCAGUUUGACGUCAUCCAACGCAAGUUCGAAGACGAUUUACGCGAUAUGCGGGAGGAAGCGCAAGAGCUCUGGGCCGAGCAACAGGCUGGUAUGCGACGUAUCAUCCACAACCUCGAGAAACUUAAACUGCAACCGCAUCUGAUGUCGACUGCUACGCUGUUUUACCAGGGCGAAGUGACCGUAACGAGCACUACUAGCAUUGGAGGUGGGGGCCAGAAGAAAACCACGCGAGAUCCCUACGAAACGCGCAGCUUGAUCAAAAGUGUCUGGAAUGCGAUCAUCACUUUCUGGAAUACGUACAACGCGGUGUUUAUCAUCCUCCGCAUUUGCUUCCACUCGCACUUUCAUUUCUCUAGUAGCGCCAAUGCCGCUGUCUGGAUCGCCGAUCUCAGUUGUGACGUGUGUUUCUUGCUUGACUUGUACCUGCGGCUCUUCUACUUCGGGUGCUCUGAGGCCAAUUUGGAGAAUCUGGUCUCGCGAAGCGAGAUCGACAGGCAGUAUCUUCGGAGCUCGACGUUUAAGUGGGAUGUUGUCGCCUCCUUACCGUUGUACACUCCAUUCCAAAGCGGGGCAUUGAUCCCCAGUCUCUGUCGACUGCCAAGGCUCGUUCGCUGUGUGGAUCUGUGGGAAUACUUGGACGACGUGAUCGUGCAAAUUCAACAGCAUUUUGCGACGCAUAAUGUUUCGGCUUACCUGAGCCCCGCCAAGUUGAUGAUCAUUCUCGUAUUAGUGGCUCACUAUGUCGGCUGCAUCUUCUUCUUGGUGUCCGAGCACGAGUGUGAACAAGUGGAAAAGUGCUGGAUGGCGCACGAUCAUUUGCUGCACGCAUACCAUCAUUCAGUGCUGAUGCUCUACGCCAAGUCCUUCUAUUGGGCCAUCACGACAUUGUUGCUGGUCGGAUCGCGUGAAAGUGUCCCGCGCGACGCUGCUGGGACCGUCUGGACAGGCUUCACGUGCUUAUGCUGUACCUUCAUCAUCGGUCAUAUCGUUGGCGAGAUUUCCGAGCUCAUUCUCGAACUUGGCAAGGAAACGAAGGAGUACAAGAGCCGCAUCGCCAGCUUCGAUGGCUUCGCCAAGGAGCACGAACUACCCGAGGGACUACGCAAAAGAGUGGGGUUCUUCUUCAAAUUACAGUUUCAGCACACUGAAGGCAUCGACGUCCAUGGCACGAUGCACGAUCUCUCAGCGAACCUCCAGCUCAAGUUUAUGCUUGAAAUUUACGGCCACGCUAUCACGCUCCUGCCGAUCAGCCGCUUUCUGUCGUCGUCCCAGGUCAACAACCUCGCGCUACGUCUGCAGUCCGAGCUGUUCAUCCCGGGGGAUAAUAUUCUCGUCGAAGGCACCUUUGGAAGUCGACUGUGUAUCCUGCGUAAAGGGCUAGCAGCUGCGUUUUGGACGAGCUCUGUGACCAGUGUAGCCGUGCUUAUGGAGAACGCAGUGUUUGGUGAAGUGGCUUUCUUCCUCUCUGCCCAGCGCAGACUAGCAACGGUCAGAGCGACAACGUCCUGUGAAGUCCUGUACAUUAUCAAGCAUGACUGGCAAGAACUGUGGACGACCACCGGGGACCAGUCGGAUACUCAGGUACAAAGGCACUCGCUGCACGCGAUCCUCGACUGGGUUCACGCCCGCUUGCUCCGCUAUCAGCGAGCUAGUCUGCGUGCCGCCCAUAAGGCCAACUCGGAACAAGCUGCUUCGAGCGCGAUCACAAAGAGACUUGGGCGCAUGAUGCGCUGCCGCUCACUGCCUAACUUCGGGCGCGCCUUUUUCGAGAAGUUGAGGCGCGAGGAUGACGGACACUUGGCCAUGAGCAAUACCCAGACGGGCAUAGACUUUGAGACCCUGCAGCGCUGCCAGCGACCAGAAUACUCUGCGCAGCUCAUGCUGUUCAACCGGUAUCGACUGUGGAGAGAUCGCAGUCGGUCGACUCAAGCGCUCCGUGCUGCCACGAGAGAGCUCAAGGCCAAAGCGUUCAUCAAGACGGUCAAGCAGAUGGGGAAAGUGUGGGACUUCAUCAUGCUCUUGGUCGCAAUAUACCACAUGGUCAUCACACCGUUCAAGGUGUGUUUCUCGCAUGGUCUUACGGAGCUACCCGGUGGUGUCCUCCGUGGAUGGUCGGGGUUUGAGAUCUUCUUGGAUUUACUGUGCGUCGCUGAUGUAACGUAUAAAAUCCGCUCCAGCUCUACAACCGAGGGCGACAUCACGAACUUGACCAAAGUUCGUCAAACGGGCUUUCGACGAGCUUUUCUCUCGGAUCCAGCCUUGCGCAGUGACAUCUUCGCGAUGCUCCCGUUAGAGUUGUUGCUUUUUGCCGCCGAUGUGCGAGUCCCGCGCGUGUUCAGUUCGUCUGUGAACCCAGCCAAUGCUUCGUGGUGGACAACCCGCUGGCUGUUGCGUAUGAACCGAGUUCUUCUCGUGAGUCGGAUCGAACCCCUCACGGAGCAACUGCUCCAAUUUGUCAUCUACGACUGGAAAAUACCCUUAAAUGAGGGGUUCCUGUACUUUUUGAGGGGAUUGUCGUCCUACCUCACGAUGGGCCAUUUGCUGGCCUGUAUUUGGUUCAUUACGAGUGAUCUGGGUUACGAUCAUUAUGGAGCGUCGUGGCUCUCAACUUCGGGUAUGCUGACGUAUAUCAGCUCAGGAACGACACAGGAAGAGAAUGAACACCGUAUGCUUAGCGAGGCCUCGUCAAGUUUCGAUCUGCAUGGCGUCCCCCUUGGACGCAAGUAUCUCCGGUCACUACUCUUCUCGAUGGAGUGUAUCUCGACCCUGUUUUAUGGCGAUAUUUUGUCCAUGAACCCGCUUGAAUUGAUCGCAGAGAUCGCAAUCACCCUAUGGAGUAUUUACAUCUACGGAGCACUCGUAGGUGCGCAGGGCGAACUACUGGACACUCGAGCUCGCCGCGAGGCCGCGUUUGAACAGACACUAGGGGAGUUGCAGAACUACUUGGUCCAGAAUGAGGUGCCUAAGGGGAUCAAGCGGCAGGUGAAGGCGUACUACGCGCGUCUGUGGCGGCGUCGUAAAGGUGAAGCUGAGUUCGCUGCAGUGGAGAAGGUUUCACGAGCGUUGUACGAAGACGUUGUGUUGACGACGCUGCGUAGCUUUGCUGUGCAAGUCCGAGCCUUUCGCGCUCUCGACGACCAAUUCAUGCGAGCGCUUCUGGUCUGCUUGCAGUACGUGGUGUGUUCCGAGAACGAGGAGGUGUUCGUGGUCGGGGACAUGGAUCGUAGCAUGUAUUUUAUCGCGCAUGGUCGAGUUGUCGUCAAGAUGGGGUCGAGCGAGAGUGCGCGAGAGAGGGGGGAGUUCUUCGGCGAGUUAGCGUUGCUCUAUGGUAUCUCUCGGCUGGAGACGUGCGUUGCGCUCUGUGUGACGGAGCUGUAUCGCCUUGACCAUGAACCUUACGAGCGACUGCUGCUGGAGUAUCCUGAGUAUCGUGGUCGCAACAAACUAGCGUGGACGACUUACUCGUCGGGUUCUGCCCGAGAUCGCUCCAUUGUCGAGGAAGCUUUGCGGUGCUUCCGAGAGCACGGGGCUAAGCGUUCGCGUAAGCAGAAAGGGCCGAAAUUGAGCUCGAACGGAGUUCCUACGCUGCUAAACGUGGAGGAAAUCGCGAAGAACGCCGAACGAAUCGACGCCCAGUUGCCGCACUCGUACAUCUACCGCUCGGCAAUGGAGUUGCUGUCGAAAUUGAGCAAGGUGGACACGCUGGAAGCCAGAGAUCUGUACCUCAAAAGCCGGGAUGGGGCUCGAAGACAGCUCAAAACCGCUUUCCACUCGCGCAGUGGAUCGCCGACGCCUCGCGAGGAAGCUCACGAGAAGCAUAGCGACAGCAUUGAGCAACUGGAGGCGGCAGUGGCAGAGUUGUCGACACCGUCAGACGAUCACAAGAUCGAAUCUUGA